GUAAACAAGUGAGAGGUGAGGAGGAGGAGGUUGUGGUGGUGGAGAGUGUUCCUGGAGGACUACAGUGCUCCCGUGGCGGCUGAGAGGAGGCGCACGUCCGCCACAACUCAUCCCACCUGACCCAGUUACCUGCAAGUACCGUCCUCUCACCUCUAUACCUCUUCACUUCUUGUUUUGUAACGGAACUGAAUGCGAGGCCAUUGCUUUCCAUGUCACAAGCUAAAGAAAUGAUGUGGAUUAAUGCUCGGAUAAGAUUUUCAAUAGCAUUUUUACAUAACUUGAGUGAUGCAGAUUCAAUACUAAUAUAAUACAGCAAGGAAUAGUACAAAAAAUCUGUAGAAUUUAUAGCAGCAAUUAGGAUGAAGGAUUCUUCCUUUCACCAGUGGAGUGCCAUGUAGUAACUUGUACUUUUUGAUGAUCUCUGGAGUGAGAUGAUGAUAUGGUGGGCCUUGGAUGGUAUGCGUGGUUGGUGGUGUGUGUACUGUGGUGGUUACUCUCGGUAGAGGUUACCACAUCUCUGCCUGAUGAUCUUCUCACCAUCACCGUACUUAUGACCCUCCAGUACUCAUUCAUGCUGCUUUUCAUAAUCUCUGCUGCUCACCUCUACCGAACUGUGCUUCCUCAUCCUGCCAGUGGCAUUGUUGGCAGCUGGUUCACCUGAAGAUUACUUCAUAAUACAAAUAUUAUAUAGUGUAUCUGAAUGUGUUCUCGUGCUAAUGAAGUGGAAAAUUUCUGAACGUGUAAUAUUCAUGUAUUAUUUUUAAACCUGUUAAAAUUAUAAAGUUCACAGUAUGGUUUAAUGUGAAAUUUUAUGAAUGCCUCAUCUAUACAGUUUGGCAAAUACGAGACGAGGCUGUACUUAGCAUGGUGGUUUCUAUGGCAGGUGUGCUGGUAGCACUGGCAGUGGUGGCAGGUCAUGUUUGGAUUGUGUAUGUGUCUGCACCUCAUCUUCUUCCACCUGAUGCCUGGCUCAUUACUGCUUUGGAUCUGUUGGCUCACUGGGCUCUUGUAUGGGAAAUAACUGCCUUCUGUAGUUUCCUUAAUGAUGUAGAAAUUAAAGGGACUGGUGGUGGAUUUGUUUCUGAAUUGAGGAACAGUUGGAUAUAAGAGGCAUUGAGAAUUUGUUUAAAUUCAAAACUAUAAAUAAUGCAUCAGAAGUUAAUUAAAUUUUGAAAUAUUUAUAUAUUUUUGGGGUAAAAAAAUUGGCUCUUAAGGUUUGAUUUUUGCUUCAAAUCAUAUUUGAUUCAUUUAUAUUAGACGCCCAUAAUGGAAAACUCUGGUACUGUGAAUAAGGCAUCGGAUGUAAACAGAUCAACUGAUGUGCUAGAAAUGCAGCAGCCAGUUUCGAACACGGAGGACAUGGAUAGUUUUAAGGUUUAUGUUGCUGACACACCUAAUGUACAUUUGGAUUUAGUUGGUGAUAAUUUAAUUCAUUCUGCUCCUGGAUCGAGGUCAUCCACACCGACUUCAAGAACAGAGUACAAAUCACGUAGCAAUCUAUCGACACCAGAGGCACAUAGGAAGUCGUUUAAAACAGGAUCGAUUGCAUCACAGUUAGAGACGGCAUGUAGCAUAAAUAUGAGUGCUAACAUUGCUCGUAAACUGAACAAGAUGAGAGAAUGUGGAGAAAGCUUGGGUAGUUCAUCACAAAAUAGCUUUGAAGAGCUAGAAGGUGGUGCAGAAUCUUGGGGACAGCCAUCUCUUGACUCUGGAUCUCAAGGAUCUCCAACAGCCAUUGGCAAAAGGCUCUUGCAAAAGCAAUCGCUUCGUCAAGUGUUUCCCUACAUUUCAUGCCUUCCAUUUGAAAAUAACAUUAUAUUUUGCUUUGUUUUGUCUGUUUGGGAUAACAUAGUUGGUCCUCAAACUGUUUAUGUAUGGAAAAGAAAUGCAUUUCCUUCACAAAAAACCUUUGAUGAUCUAUUUGAAGACUCUGAAAGUCUAGAUGUGGGUGAAGAUGGUAUGGAACAUUGUAAUUCUGCAUCAAAACAGACAAAUGCACAGCCAGAAGCAAAUGUCAGUAUGCCUUCCAAGAAGGCUAGUGGAAAAAAAAAGAAAAAAUGGGAUAAAUAUGAAUCGAGGAGGUCAAGUAAUGCUUCUAGUCAUUCAGAAGAAAAUUCCUCAAUUGAGCUGGGAGAGAGAUUAUCAAAUCUAACGGAAAACGUGGGCAGCCGUGUCGGACAGCAUUGUGAGCAGGAGCUAAACUUUGAUUGUCUAGAAAGUUCAAGAAAAAGCAGCAAAGAUACAUUACUGAAGUCUGAAAAUAUUUCCGAGGAUCAAGAGAGUUCAGCAUCACCAGAGAUAACUACUGGCCUAGAGAAUGAAGGUGACCAUAAAGAUAAAGACUUGAAAGAAGUGCCGCUAGCCAACUCAAAUCACAGAUCUUCUGAUAGUUCUUGUGAACCACAAGGGCAAAAGUUUGGGAGCAGCUGGUCGUGUGGUCGUAGUAGACUGCGGAUAGGGAAGGUGGUAUGGUACGUGACUGUACACAGUGUUGGGGUCGGGCAAGUGGGGCCUUCGUCAGAUAAGAUUAAAUCGUCACUUCACGUGGUUCCUCACCAGGGAAUUAUUAUUGUGGCUGCCAGAUUUACAGUAGAGGAGGAAGAUGGUGGUGUACCAUAUUGUUUAUCUAUGGUGGUGCCUCUGGAGGAAUACAAGAACUUCCUUCCUCUCACAGAGAUGGUGACCACCUGGCUCGUCACCAUUGCUGCCAGUACCAGGCUUCUCAUAACUAAGCAUGGUCUUGGAGGGGGUGGACUGGUACAGAGCAAAUUAGUAGAACUGUGUGAUGUGUUGGUGGCUUUAAGAAGUGCCAGUUUAGAUCAGUAUCCACUUACACCAGCUGGCCGACCUCCUGAUGACCGCAGGCUUGCCGAGAUCAUUCUUACCUCGCAUUUGCAAACUAUGGGGUCUACAGUUGUUGUUGCAGAUUCACCAAAUGCUGCCAAUAAGGUGGUGAUGUGGAUUGCUCAGUUCUCUGAUCCAAGUACCCUUCAUGCAUCUAGACUGUGCCUCUCUUACACUCAAUGGCCAUUCCAUCCUGGUUUGUUUAUUCAGGGUAUUGUGAGAAGUGCAAGUGGAGAAGUGAACCUCUCUGCUCAGAAGUUAAUCCAGUCAUCUCGUCCAUUAACUGUUGUUGAUGUGAAUCGGGGCACUGUCAAACAAACGGGUCCACCUGAUGUGCAUGCCCGCCGAAACUCGUCUGCCUUACACCAGGAGCUGUUGUCUCUGUGGCAUGACUUGCCAGAUGUGUCUGCUACAUCAGAGAGUCUUCUGGAGCCUGUUCGAAUAGCAGCACCACUAGUCAAGAGAUUCUUACACGAUUAUGAUCGUCUUGGUUCCUGCAGUAAUGAAGUACGACAAAAUUUUAUUAAAGCAUUCUUGCGUUCUCUCCAGUAUACGGCACUGGCCCUUAUCACCUGGACCCAGCAUGAAUGGUCAGCGCAGCGAAAUCGGUCUGGAUACGGAUCCCUCCGUCGGGCUUUGUGUUCAGUCUUUGACGUGGAUGAAGUGGACUUGCGUGUUGUGUUGGCCCAGGCAGAGAUCCUCGAGCCAGGCUUUUAUUCCUAUGUUACAUCUAUGUCUCAAUGAUUUUUUCUCCUAAGGCUCACUGGUAUGCUAUACUCAAUAUUGUACUGUAUUGGUUUGCACUGAGUUGGAAAUAAAUGCCAUUAAAUGUACUUUUUGCUGUAAAUAAUAUUUACCAAUGGUUUCAUGCUCGAAUUCAACACUGACAGCCCAUUUGAGUCUAAUAAUACUGUACAAAUGAUUUAAGAAUAUAGUGCACAUUAAGCAAUAUGUGUAAAACCAGAGAUUUUUUACCUAAAGAUUAAAUACAAAAUUAAAGGAAUUAUUGAGGAAUGCAUUAUGACUUUGGACUCAAUUUAGUGACAUUUGAUAACAUGAUUUGCACUAACAAUUUGUAGGCAAGGCAUUCACAGUAGAAUAUAUUACAACUGUAGUGUCGAGGAAUCUUAAUUUUCAUACUCGGUAAUUUGCAAAUCUAAAUUAAAUAGGAUGUAAAU